AUGCCUAAGAAAAUGAUCUUCCUCAUGGGAGCCCCCACCGUCCAGAACCUCCACUGGGAUGAAACAGAGCUCCUCAACGAGCCUACCUUUCCCUUCCAGAAUGAAGGGCACCGGUCUUCGUCGGACACGCAGCCGGUCAAAUGGAGAUUGCUACCGAAGCGCGGGGCUCUCGAGGGGAAGCUAUACGGAGGCGGAGUCACCCAGUUCUUGACGACCCGAGACCUUACCAGUCGCGAGGAGGGGGAUAUCCCCGAUGGGAGUAUCCCCUCCGAACUUCCCGACGACUCGACGCUCUCGCAGUUCUACAACCAUUCCUUCACGAUCCACGAGACCUCCACGGUGUCUGCGCCGGAUUCCAUGGAGGAGAGCGACCUCUGGGCUGGCAGCACGGCGACUUCGAUCGCGACUAGCAACGAGGGCGACAAAGUGGCUCCAGCGCCCAUGCCGCCGAUCCAGGGACCGGUGACCGACCUCCAGGACAUCCCCAGGGCGAGCUACCUCGAGUCCAUUGUGCCCCAGACCAUGACGGUCAACCUGAUUGUCAGUAUCAUCACAAUCCAUCCGCCACGUCGCAUUGUGACGCGACAAUGGAAGAAGGAACUGGAUCUGGUGGAGAUGGUCGUGGGGGACGAGACACGCAGUGGAUUUGGGGUUACGCUCUGGCUGGCGCCCGUGGACCCGACAAAGGGUGGUGUUGCCGUUGCCGCACGAGGUUGCGCUGAGGGAGGCGACCUAGGCCUGCGACCCCGCGACAUUGUGCUGCUGCGCAUGGUUGGUCUGAGCUCAUUCCGCGAACGGGUAUACGGGCAAAGCCUACGGAAGGGGGUCACCAAGGUCGACCUCCUGCACCGACCGCGGGUGGACGCGAGUGACGCAGGCGGUCUGUACAGCGCGCGGCAACUCCGCGACGUCCCUCAAACUCAUCCUGCAGCCAAGACAGACGAUCUGCCGUUGGCGAAAGUGAGCCAGGUGCGCGAGUGGAUCCGGCGGUUUGUGGGCAGUUCGCCGGAUGGAGCAGGCGGUGAGGGGGCGGGAGUGACUAAUUCGAAACCCGUGCUCCCACCUGAUACGCCCGGUACUUAUAAUUAG